CACACACAGUCAGCACAGCAGCCCACACAGUCAGCACAGCAGCCCACACAGUCAGCACAGCAGCAGCACGCAUAGCAGCAGGAGUGCGGCCAGCCGUUCUGCCAGCAGUGACAGCAGGAGUGGUGCGAGCAGCGGGCAUGCGGCAAGUGAUGCUGACGGUGCUGCUAGUGUUGCUAAUGCAUGGAGCAGAAGAAGCGAUGCGAGUGCUGGUAGUGUAUUCAGUCCAGAAAGUGGUGAUGGCGCUGCUGGAGUCACCCGAGCUGACAGCACAGGCAGUGAGCGGUCCAGAGCUAGUGGCAGCAUGAGCAAAACGAGCAGCGUGAGCAGAGGGAGUAGCAAGAGCAGGGGGAGCAGCAUGAGCAGCCACAGGUCGAGUGCUAGUGGCAGCAUGGGGAAGAGGAGCAGUGUUAGCAGGGAGGGCAGCUUCAGCAGUCGUGGGUCGGAUGGGGGCAGCCAUGAGGGUGGUUCAAGGAGUGGUGAGAGUGAAGGGGAGGAUGCGUGGGGAGCAGUGGAGGAGAGUGGAGUAUUGGAGAGUGGAGUAUUGGAGAGUGGAGUAUUGGAGAGCGGAGUGAUGGAGGGAAGUGGAGCAGUGGGGAGUGGCGACGGCGUGGAGAGGUUAAGUGAUGAGGAAGAGGAGAGGGAGGGACAAGGGGUUGAGGUUGAGGAUCAAGAGGGCGAGAGAGGUGGUGCAGAUGAUGUGUGGAGCAGUGACGAGAGCGUGGAUGGGGCAAGGGGCAUCCUGGAGAGUGACGGUGAGGAGGAGGCGAGCUGGGUCAGCAGUAACUUGUCUGCACUGCAGCAGGUGAAGCUGGCGCCUGGACACGUGGCAGAUGGUGAUUGGACGGAGGAGUGGGAGGGGGAGCAGCAGCAGGUGCAUGCACAGGGCGAAGAGGGUCGGGCAAUUGAGGAUAGGGAGUUGGGAGGGAAGGAGGGGCCUGUGGAAGGAGAUAUGGAGGUUAAUCGCCAGGUGAAUGAUCAGGUGGCUCAGGAGGGGGUGCAGCAGGUGGACCAUCAGGUGAAUUAUCAGGUAGUUGAGCCAGCUGGUGAGCAGCAGCAGCAGCAGCAACAGGGUGAAAGGGAGGCAGCAGACGGGGCAGCAGAGAGCAUAGCAGGAGUGGGCAAGGGUGGGGUCAUGCGGCAGAUCGACGAGGAUGCGUACGAGUAUGAUAUGGGGGGUGAUGUGUAUGAGGGUGAGCUGGACUGGAGCAGAGAUGUGGGCGAUGGGGGGGUGGGCAUGCAGGGGUGGUCGGGUGAGUGGACGAGAGAGAGUGAGGUGUGGGGUGGUGCGAGUGGUGUGACAGGUGCUGGUGUGGAGGCAGGGGAUGGUGUUGAGGCCGAGUUGAGUGUGGAGGAGGGAGAAGGCAUGGUCAGCAGCGCAUCGGACGGGGCAGGUGGGGUGGUGGAGCUGAUGGGAGAGUUGGAGGGGACAGAGGGCAGUCCCUUGGAUGCUGAUGCUGGGAUGGCAAGAAGUGCGCUGGAGUUUGAGGAGUCAGUUAGUGCUGUCGCUAUAGCUGCAUCCAGUGGUGCUGGUGGUGGUGCUGGCAGUGGUGCUGGCAGUGGUGCUGGCAGUGGUGUUGGCAGGGGCGAAAAAGAAACGGCUGUCAGGGAUGUUGAGGAGGAGGAGGCUGAGGAUGAGCCAGCAGAGGAAAGACAGGAGGAGGAGACUGAGAAGGGGGCAGAGCAGGAGGUGGAGGAAGAGGAGGAGGAGGAGGAGGUGGAGGAAGAGGAGGAGGAGGAGGAGGAGGAAGAGGAGGAAGAAAAGGAUGAAGCACCAGAGGGGGCAGAGGGGGCAGAAGGGGCAGAGGAGGACGAGGCGGAGUGGAGCGACUUGUCGAGUGAAGCGGAGUGGAGCAGCAUGGAGCUGGCGGCCACCCAGUCCCCUUUUGCCCCCUCUCCUCUCCAGUCCAUCAGCCCCUACGCGUCUCUCUCCCCACUGCCAUCCAACGCCCCGAGCUCAGUUGUGCCUCUAGACUGCUCUGCUGUCAGCCUCGCUCUUGAACGGCAACAGGAGCAGCAGGAGGAGAAGGAGUCAGGGGCAGAAUCUGGGGAGGAAGUGGAGGAGGACGAGGAGGAGGAGCAGGAGGAGGAGGAGGAGAAGGAGGAGCAGGAGGAGGAGGAGGAGGAGGAGGAGCAGGAGGAGGAGGAGGAGAAGGAGGAGCCGGAGAGGGAUGAGGGGCUGGAAGGGCAGGGCGGCACAUUCUCUUUUGCCGCUGGCAGCCCAUCUCUAGCGCUGCCCCUCGCCAGCCCUGCUGCGUUGCCUCACGAUCGAAUCUCCGGGGAGUUCGGAGCUCUGCAGUGCCGCUCACCUCUCCAGAGUGAGGCGGACGAGGCUCAAGUCUCUCUUCCCACCACUCCUGCGCCUCAAUGCGCCUCUCCCCAUUCCUCUCCUGGGUCUCAGUGCGCCUCACCCCAUUCCUCUCCUGGGUCUCAGUGCGCCUCACCCCUUUCCUCUCCUGGGUCUCAGUGCGCCUCACCCCAUUCCUCUCCUGGGUCUCAGACUCAGUGCGCCUCUCCCCACGCAUCUCCUGCCUCUGCUUUACCCCUUCUUCCUGCAACCCACCCUGCUUCGUCACCUGCCAGCCCUGCUGACGUGGCAGUCUCUGCUGAUGUCAUAACGGCUGGGCAUGACGCCACUGGCCCACCUGAAAGCCCUGUUCUGGAGUCACGCUCGAUUCCAGCUGCUGGUGUUGCCAAAUCACCUGACACGUCACCUGGGGCUGCACCUGACAUGGCACCUGGAAAAAGCUCUGCCUCUGUUGAGGUGCUCCCUUCAGGUGCUGUCUCUGUUGUUCUGCCCUCAGGUGCUGUUUCCGUCGUGCUACCUUCAGGUGCCGUGUCUGUCAUGCUGCCUUCAGGUUCUGUCACUGUUGCGCUGCCCUCAGGUGCUGUCUCUGUUGGUUCAGGUGCCAGCCCUGAUUCAUAUGCUGUGAAUUCACCUGAGGCAGCUGGAACAAGAAUGGAUCAGAGUGAGUGGGAAGACUUGAGAGUGGCAGAGGUUGAGGAAAAGGGGGAGAGUGAGAGUGGGAGUGAGAGUGUUGGUGAGAGGGAGAGGGAUGGGGAAAGAGGGGAGGCGUAUGAGGGAGAGAGUGAGAAGUGGGAGGAAUCAGAAGAGUGGAGCGAUGCUGGUCUGGAUGCGGUAACCAGUGAUGCUGGUGAUGCGGUAACCAGUGAAGCUGGCGAUGCGGUAAUCAGUGAUGCUGGUGAUGCGGUAACCAGUGAUGCUGGGGAUGCGGUAACCAGUGAAACGGGCAAUGCGUUAACCAGUGAUGCUGAUGUGGCUGUGGUCAUCAGCAGUGUUGGUAUGGAGGAGAUCGGGAGUGGAGGGAGCGUUGAGGAGGCAGGAAGAGAGGUAGGGGAGAGUGAAACGGCAGGUGAUGAGGGCGGGGAGAGUGAUGUUAGUGACAAGGAAUGGUCUGACAUGGAUGGAAGUGAGAGCGAAGGGAGUGAGAACGAGGGGAGUGAGAACGAAGGGAGUGAGAACGAAGGGAGUGAGAACGAAGGGAGUGAGAACGAAGGGAGUGAGAACGAAGGGAGUGAGAACGAAGGGAGUGAGAACGAAGGGAGUGAGAACGAAGGGAGCAAGGCAGAAGCUUCUGAAACUAGGGUGAGAGAAGACACUGAUGGGGAAACUAGGGAUGCGAGUGAGGGGGAGGAGAGUGGGAGAGAGUCACCUCAAGAGGGAAAUGAAGUGGUCACAGAAGAGGCCACGGUGGCCGCGAGUGAGGAAGCAAGGGAGGCAGCAAGCAAGGAAGCAAGCGAGGCAGCAAGGGAGGAAGCAAGCGAGGCAGCAAGCGAGGCAGCAAGCGAGGCAGCAAGCGAGGCAGCAAGGGAGGAAGCAAGCGAGGCAGCAAGCGAGGCAGCAAGCGAGGCAGCAAGCGAGGCAGCAAGCGAGGCAGCAAGCGAGGCAGCAAAUGAGGCAGCAAGCGAGCAGCAAGCGAGGCAGCAAGCGAGGCAGCAAGCGAGGGCAGCGAGGCAGCAAGCGAGGCAGCAAGCAAGGCAGCAAGCGAGGCAGCAAGCGAGGCAGCAAGCGAGGCAGCAAGCGAGGCAGCAAUUGAGGUGAUGGAAUCUCAAGCAGACACUGAUGCUUCCAUCGCGGUCCCAGCCUUGCAUGCUGCAGCAGGUGGAGCCGAUGAUGACUCCCAUUCUGAAGAGGGCCAAUGGGG